AUUGCACACAGCUUCUCACCAACCAUUAGGAAAGAGCUUCUGGUUUCAGAGGAGGGGGACCCUGCUGCCAUCAGAAGAGGCUUGCCUUACACAAGUCCUCCUGCUUGGAUGCCUCUGGUGGUCUUUAGAAAAGAGGAGAACUCGUAGGAAAGUGUCCACUGAUGGAAAAUGAGGCACCCGGAGGGGAAAGGGGCCAUGGUGAGGCACCUCCAAGCAAAGUUCAAAGGCAACAGGGAAGAUCUCCCCGAAGCAGGCAGCUGGCUGGAGAGUCGGUCUGCAGCAUCCCCUGCAAUGGAGCCAGGACAAAUGCCUGUGCUGGGCUCCAAGGGUGAGCCACCCCCCGAGUCCCCCCGGACCAGGAGGGUGGACUUCAGCAGGGCUCCUCACAGCAAAGGUCAGAGUGUGGGACAGAGCUCGCUUCCUCAUCCCGUUUCCGAGACCCCGGAGUGGAUGGCACGACUGAAGAAGGGUAUUGCUCAGGACACCAGCUCCCAGCCAGCCCCUGCAAAGCCAAGAGGGAGAGACGUGUUGAACAAGGAAGUUGGAGCCACCUCUGAUCUUCCCCAGAGAAACCAAGCCCAGCAGAAAUGGCCGCUCGUCAAAGACAAGGGUGCUCCACCAGUUGCAGCCAAAGGUGCAGCCAUUGCAGCCUCCCCAAAUGCUGUGGGAAGCACCGAGGAGACAGGACAUCCCACUCUGCCUCGGAGGAAGCCUCUGCCACAUGCCAUGACGCUGGGAGCGAGGCCGGCCAAGCCCAGGCGCCCUCCUGUCGUGGAUCUGGAGAAGUUCCGCGCAGCUGCACGUCCUGGGAUGCCCGGCCGUCCUGCCGUGGAGCCAAGGAGCACUAAGCUGGGUUACCCGAAACCAGGUUGUGUUGCAUCGGGCCCGGUGCGGUUCCCACCGCAGGAUGCUCCAAGUGCAGCAGGGGAUGAAGAUGAGAUAUACGAUGAUGUAGAGACCGUUGGGCUGGUCAAGAGAGACAAAAGUGUUCCACUGCCACCCACGUCCCGACCACCAGCGUAUCUCCGUCCCGGAGGAGGUGGAGAUGCCAGUCGAGCCUCUGGCAGGCUUGCCCUGCUGGCAGCUGUGCAAAGAGAAGCCCAGGCCUCCCGAAAGAUGAAGCCAAUGACACUCAAAGAAUGCAAGAAGGAAGAGAAGGCAGACAGGGAGUUUCAGAAGAAAUUCAAGUUUGAAGGGAGCAUCAAUGUCCUGACGCAGAUGAUGGUCGACCCUGCAGUGACAGAGAAGAGGGGCGGAGGGAAGAAUCUGCCACUCAGACGGGGAGAAAUUCUUGAUGUUAUUGAGUUUACAAAUAAGGAGCAAAUCCUCUGCCGAAACAGCCAGAGGAGGUAUGGCUACGUGCCCCGGGCUGUGAUGCUGCACCUGGACACUGACAUCUAUGACGACGUUGAGAUUUAUGGUUGAACAAUCCGUGCUAAAGCCGAAGUCAUGAUGCACACCACCAAAGACCUCUCCAAAGGCCAAAACAUGGAAGUACUAUAUGCCACGCUCUUGCUUUGGAAGAAGGUCUGCUUCCUCUGAGAUAGCUUGCAAAAGCCACCACAUCCCUGCCAAAACAGCAGUGAGGCUGUGCAGCACACUGGGGGGUUGCAAGGAUCCUGUCCCACAGAGGCAGGGACUUGAAAGAAAUCUCCAUAUCAAGCCCUGUC